AUGGGUCUUAAUACGCUUUCACUUAUUGGACUUGAGCUUCUGAAGCUACAGCACAUAUACGAGCUAAACAUUUAUGCUCCGUCGCUGGAAGAGAUCAAGAUUAUAGGGUGUUUCAAUCUGAAAAAACUUCCUCUUUUCGGCCGGUCCGACGCUUGUUCAAUGAGAGCUGUGAAGAUUUGCUGCGAGAAUAAUUGGUGGGAUGGAUACCUCUUUUUCUGUGAUGGAAGCUUAGACCCAACUGACUCGGGACAGAGUGAUGUGCGAAGUCUUUGGGCAAAUACUUCUAGCAUCCCCGACGCAACGAGGAGAAUAAGAUGUCUAACCAUUUUGGCAGCAACCUGGUGGGUCAUUUGGACGGAACGCAACAACACUAUCUUCCGCGAGUACCGCCCCAAUGCUACUAGAGCUCUUGAGCGCGUCCAUACCUUGACAAACGACUGGACACGCCUCGCCCUCGCGCUCUCGAACCUCUCCCCCUCGUUCCCCGCCUCCCUCGCCGACGCCGUCCUCAAGCGCCUCUGGGACCACGCCCCCCGCGCCCUCCUCUUCUUCCGCUCCCUCCUCCACCUCCCCCGUCGCCAUGGCCAUGGCGACCUCGCUCCCUCCGCCUCCACCUUCGACCUCGCCCUCGACCUCGCCGCGCGCCUCCGCGACCGCCGCCGCGUCCACUCCCUCCUCCUCCUCCGCCGCCAAUAUAUUAUUUUUCNCCCCCCCCGCCUCGCCCCCUCCCCCCGCACCUUCUCCCUCCUUGCCGAGCGCCUCGUCCUCUCCGGUAAGCCCGAUCGCGCCGUUCGCCUCUUCCUCUCCUCCCCCUCCUCCCUCCACACCCCCCGCACCUUCAACUCCCUCCUCGACGCCCUCUCCAAGUCCCGCCGCGUCCACAAGGCCACCUCCCUCUUCAAAACCCUAAAGCACCGCUUCCCCCCCGACGCCGCCACCUACAACAUCCUCGCCGAGGGCUGGUGCCGCCUCAAGCGCACCUCCCAAGCCCUAGACCUCCUCCGCGACAUGGUCGCCUCCGGGGUCAUCCCCACGAAGACCACCUACAACAUCCUCCUCCACGGCCUCUUCCGCGCUGGCCAAACCCGCCAAGCCCUCGACUUCUUCGCCCAGAUGAAGCGGCGAUCCAAAACGGACCCGGUUUGCGCCCCCGACGUGGUCUCCUACACCACCGUGCUCCACGGAUUGGGGCUCGGCGGCGAACUCCGAAGGGCCCGAGAGGUGCUCGACGAAAUGCCGCAACGAGGCGUCCUCCCCAACGUUGCCGCGUACAACGCGCUCAUCCAGGUAAUAUGCAAAAAGGGCACCGUCGACGACGCCCUCGCGGUGUUCGACGAAAUGCUCAGUAGAGGUUACACCCCGAAUUCGACCACCUAUAAUGUUAUUAUACGGGGGCUCUGCCACGCGGCGGAGUUCGACCGGGCUCUGGGGUUCGUGGACCAGAUGCGGCGCGAUGGGUGUGGGCCCAAUGUGCAGACGCAUAAUAUUAUCAUGCGGUGCUACUUCGAGGAGGGGGAGAUUGAGAAGGGGCUGGAGAUGUUUGAUAAAAUGGGCGUGAGAGGCGCUUGCUUGCCGAAUUUGGAUACGUAUAAUGUAAUUAUAAGUGCAAUGUUUGUGAGGAAGAGGGGGGAGGACAUGGUGGUGGCUGGGAAAAUGGUGAGGGAGAUGGUGGAGAGAGGGUUUUUGCCGCGGAGGUUUAUGUUUAAUAAGGUGGUUAAUGGUUUGUUGGUUACGGGGAAUCAGGAUUUUGCAAGGGAGUUGUUGCGGUUGCAGGAUAAGUGCGGACGUUUGCGAAGGGAGAUCAGGAUAUGAAUGAAAUGUUGUGUAUUAGGGUGUAGGUUCAUAUAGUAGAAGUACUGAUUGAGUAGAGCUACCUGAAAAUGUCUGAAAAAGUACUUAAUCUAUUGAUAGGGAUGAGCAAUCAGGAGUAUGCGAGUGAGUUGUUUGUGGUUAGAGGCUAGUUGCAGAUGCUUGAGAGGAGAGACGAGUAUACGAAUGCGAUUGGUUUACAAGGAUGGAGAGCUUAAAGAAAAAGUACUGGUUGAGUAAAGCUAGUUGAAAGAACGUUAAUAAACUGGGAUAUGUAUGGGAUAAUUGUUGGAGCAAUGUUUGUGAGGAAUAGGUGGCAGGACAUGGUGGUAGUUGGGAAAAUGGUGAGAGAGACAGUGGAGAGGGCUUGUUGCCGAGGAGGUUUAUGCUUAAUAAGAUGGUUAAUGGGUAAAUCAGGAGUUUGCGAUGGAAUUGUUAUGGUUGCGGGAUAGGUUGCAGACGUUGCAGAGGAAGAUCACAAUACGAAUGUGGUAGGUUUAGUAGGGUGGAGAACAUAUCGGGGGUGCAUUGAAGAAAGUAUUAUUUAAGUAGAGUUAUUUGAAAAGGCGAUAAUGAACUAUUUAUUAGAAUCCUGUGAACAGGUUUCUGCAGCAGAAGCUUCGCCAGUAGAGCUUCAGUUUUGAGUAGAAAGCUCAUCCAUCUUCUUACGACAAUAGAAACUCAAUGAUGCUGAAAUUUGGCCAGGUACUCCAGAGUGAGUUAUUGAUGUUGAUGUUGCGGGAUAAAAGCGGAUCCCUGCUUAGGGAGAUUAUGAUUUGAUUAAGAAUUAAGAUUACGGAGCAAGAGCUCUCCUGCUCGAAGAAGCCAUAAUAGAUGCUUUGUUAGGGUCCUCUGAAUAGUCAACUGUAGUAGUUUCAAAUUAAAGUUUCAGUUUUGGCUAAAAGUUGAAUCAGCUUCUUGCCGCAGCAAAAGCUUCAAAUGGUUACAUGGUAAAGCUUGGCCAAACAGGUAUUUGACUUCUUUCUUUCUGUUUUGAUCAAUGGAACUAUGAUUGAUUAUUUGUUAUUCGCAAUACGAAUGUAAAUAUAGAAAUAGUGACCUCUUUAAACAUGUACGUAUGUAAACUCUAUAUAAGAAACUCUAGAGGAUGCAGAUAAAGCUAGAAUAAGCCUAUGCUUGCAAAAUUUCUGUGGUUUUUUUUUUGAGAGAUAGGUAGCAUGCUACCCGCUUCGCUUAUUUCAAUAAAAAAUAAACUUAGCUGAAAAUGUGAAUCAAUUAGGAUUCGAACUCGAGAGCUUGGAUACCAACCACUAAGUCCUUUGCCACUUGCGCUAGAAAUAAAUUUUCUGUGUUUUUGACAACAAAAAUAUAUUGGAAAUAAUGGUAGUUUAUUUGAACAUAAAUGUAAGUGUACUGUUAUAUUUCUUAUGCUAUUUUGUUAGCUCUACUUUCGACUUU